CCCUUAUCGCUUGAUUAAGAAAAGUCGUUCUUAUUUCCCAGGUGCCGCGCCGUACGUCAAGUCCAUCGGCUCACUAAACUAAGUCUCUCUAACUACGAUGGAAAAGUACGAAAAGCUGGCUAAGAUUGGAGAAGGGUCUUAUGGGGUCGUAUUCAAGUGCAGAAACAAAUCUUCCGGACAAGUAGUAGCUAUCAAAAAAUUCGUGGAAUCCGAAGAUGAUCCCGUCGUUAGAAAAAUAGCCCUGCGAGAGAUCCGCAUGCUGAAGCAGCUGAAACACCCAAACCUUGUGAACCUCAUCGAGGUGUUCAGAAGAAAGAGAAAGAUGCAUUUAGUUUUCGAGUACUGUGAUCACACACUGUUAAAUGAGCUAGAGAGAAACCCAAACGGAGUUUCUGAUGGAGUUAUCAAAAGUGUGCUGUGGCAAACCCUUCAAGCCCUUAACUUCUGCCACAGACAUAAUUGUAUCCAUCGGGAUGUAAAACCCGAAAACAUCCUAAUAGCCAAGCAAGGAGUGAUAAAGAUUUGUGACUUCGGAUUUGCACGAAUUCUAAUUCCAGGAGAUGCCUACACAGACUAUGUUGCCACCAGGUGGUACCGAGCCCCUGAACUUCUUGUGGGAGACACGAAGUACGGCUCCUCUGUGGACAUAUGGGCCGUCGGCUGUGUUUUUGCAGAGCUCCUGACCGGUCAGCCACUCUGGCCAGGAAAAUCAGAUGUGGACCAACUUUAUCUGAUCAUCAGGACAUUGGGAAAGCUGAUCCCAAGGCAUCAGUCUAUCUUUAAAAGUAACCAGUUUUUCCGUGGCAUCAGCAUACCUGAACCUGAGGACAUGGAGACUCUUGAAGAAAAAUUCUCAAAUGUUCAGCCUAUGGCUUUAAGUUUCAUGAAGGGGUGUCUGAAGAUGGAUCCUGAUGAGAGGCUGACCUGUGCCCAGCUGUUGGACAGUGCCUACUUCGAGUCUUUUCAAGAGGACCAAAUGAAAAGAAAAGCCCGCAAUGAGGGGAGAAGCCGAAGGCGUCAGCAGAAUCAACUGCUGCCCCUCAUACCUGGAAGCCACAUCUCCCCAACACCCGAUGGGAGAAAACAAGCCGUCCAGUUAAAAUUUGAUCAUCUUCCAAACAUUUAGGGAACCCGUCCUUCCCAGCGUAUUCUUUUGAUGUGUAUACACAUGUACAAGAUAGGAAUCUUCCGCAUCUCGAAUGCAAACGAGCGAUGUGAAUGGGAAGGCGCCUCUGAUCGACACAGGCUCCUUCCCUGUGCUUUUUCCAAGCCAACUCCAUCUCCUAGAACAUUCUCUUUAAACGUUGCAAUGCCAAAACGGCACAUACGAGAGAGACACUUCCAGUUUCACCGGAGCUGGGCUGCCUCAGGGCAGUUGAUACUGCGAAUCUGUGGACUACGAUUCAA